AUGUUGCACUCUGCCGAUGGUUUGAGGCCAUCCAACGAAUCGUCCUCUGCUCGCAUUUCCAUGCCAACACAAGCUACCCAAUCUAACGCUCGUUCUAAUGUCGAGUCGAUUCCCCAAUCGACAGUAGCAGCAACUGAAUGUGUUUCUCGAGUCGUUGCCAAUGCAUCCGCCCCAGGGCCUCGGGAAGAUGUGUUUCUCUUAACGGUAUUGGUGAAAGUCGUCGAUGCGUACGGUCAGGACCAUUUAGCUCGUGCCUUGCUUGAUAGCGCUUCCCAGCCAAAUCUUAUAACUGAUCGCCUAGCACGCAGGCUACAGUUAAAGAGAGAUGCAGUGAAUGUUACCAUCCAAGGAGCUGGGAACUUGUCUAAAAGGGUUCGAGAGUCAAUCUAUGCUCGUAUAAAAUCGCGGAAUGGAGACUUCGAGUGUGGUGCAGAAUUUCUGUUAAUGGACACCGUGACAGCGGACCUCCCAGCUCAAGAUGUCCCAGUUCAAAGCUGGCAGAUUCCCCAAAAUUUGUCGUUAGCGGAUCCCUCAUUUAACAAGAAGCAUCAAAUCGACAUGGUACUUGGCGCAAAGCAUUUUCAUUCCUUCUUCCCUAGUACCGCUCGCCUGCAACUAGCAAGUAAUUUACCGAUUUUAGUUGACAGCGUAUUCGGAUGGGUCGUUACGGGGUCUGCCAAUAUGGUUCAUCCCGCUCAACAACAAUCUUCCAGUCCCAAUGUCGUCGCAGUUUCCAUGAUGACUCUAGAAGAGAGUAUGGAACGAUUUUGGAAAACGGAGGAGCUAACUGUUGGUGAAAAUUAUUCCCUCGAAGAGCGCUACUGCGAGAACCUUUAUAAAUCCACCACAUCGAGGCGCGACGAUGGCCGUUAUAUAGUCCGUUUACCAAAGAAAGCUGAUUUUCCUGGGAUGCUUGGAGAGUCCAAGACCAGCGCUCUUCGACGUUACGAUCAACUCGAACGACGCCUGGAUCGUGACUCGAAAUUGAAAGAGGAAUAUCACCAAUUUAUGAAGGAAUACCUCUCCCUCGGCCAUAUGAGGCUGGUCGAGACGGACGACGGUACAAAUUAUCCUGCAUACUAUUUGCCCCACCACCCAGUGAUGAAGGAAGAUAGUACGACUACGAAAGUUAGAGUCGUAUUCGACGGUUCGGCUCGUACUUCUACCGGCUUCUCAUUGAACGAAGCACUAUGUGUGGGUCCGGUGGUCCAAGAUGACCUACUUUCUAUUAUACUACGAUUCCGAACCCAUUCAGUCGCACUCGUCGGAGAUAUUGCCAAAAUGUACAGGCAAGUGCUGGUUCAUCCUGAGGACUUAUCUCUGCAACGUAUUCUAUUCCGGUUCUCCAAAGACAUCCCUGUACAGGUCUACGAACUUUUGACCGUAACCUAUGGUCUAGCCCCAUCAUCCUUUCUGGCCAUUCGGACUCUGCAGCAGCUCACAAUGGAUGAAGGUGAUGCAUAUCCUAUGGCUGGACCGUCGUUGUGUAAAAAUUUUUAUGUCGAUGAUUAUAUUGGAGGAGCUAGUUCCGUCGAAGAAGCCAUUAAGCUCCGCUCAGAGCUUUCGGAGUUGCUCAACAAAGGAGGAUUCGAGCUAAGAAAGUGGACGUCAAAUCGCUUAGAGAUUCUUCAGGGACUUACACACGAUCAAAUUGGAACCCAAUCAAGCCUAUGCUUUAGCCCUAACGAAACCAUCAAGGCCUUAGGAAUUCGUUGGGAACCAGAGGCUGAUCAACUUCGCUUCGAGUCGCAGAUACAGCCAAGAGAAACCCAUCCUACAAAAAGAUCCAUCUUGUCAGAUAUCGCCAGGUUGUUUGACCCGCUCGGUCUAAUUGCACCGAUUAUUGUGAAAGCAAAAAUCCUAAUGCAGGAGCUAUGGUCUCUUUCCUGUGACUGGGAUGAUCCCGUUCCACCAACUAUUCGUUUGAAAUGGGAACAUUAUAGGCACGAGCUACCAAAAAUCGCCCAUUACAGAGUUGACCGUUACGCAUUUCUUCCUGACGCCAGCAUUGAAUUGCACACUUUCGCCGAUGCAUCGAUGUCUGCAUAUGGAGCAUGCACGUACGUUCGUUGCGAAGACAGCCAGGGAAACGUGAAAAUUCGAUUACUGGCAUCGAAAAGCAAGGUUGCGCCUUUGAAACGACUGUCUGUCGCCCGAUUGGAGCUGUGUGCUUGUGUACUGGCGGCGCAUCUACAUCAUCGUGUAAAGGAAUCAAUUGGCGUCCCUGUAUCAGCAUCUCAUUUCUGGUCGGAUUCAGCGGUAUGUCUAUACUGGAUUCGUGCACCCCCAAAUACUUGGAAGAUAUUCGUUGCUAAUAGGGUCUCUGAGGUGCAACAUUAUACACACGGCGGACGCUGGCAUCAUAUAUCUGGAACAGAAAAUCCGGCCGAUUUAGUGUCCCGUGGGAUGACAGUCGACGAAUUCGUCAGCAGCAAUGUUUGGAAGUAUGGACCGGUCUGGUUGGCAAACCCACAAGAUACCUGGCCGAUAUCGAAUCCAGCCGCAGUACUCAAAGAGGAUUUGGAGGAAAAGCACGUCGUCGUAGCAGUCCAAACUAUACCCAGCAUAAAUCCUUGGUUCCUACGGUGGUCAUCUUAUACGCGCCUGCUUCAUACAAUCGCAUACUGCCUUCGGUUUGCUGCUAGAACUCGUACCAAGACUAGAACACAACCCAGUGAAUCUCUACAAGAAAAUGUCGACCCAAGAAUACUUACCGUCGAAGAACUUGCCCAUGCCAAUGCCCUGCUAGUCCGAUUCGCCCAGCAUGACGCUUUCAAAGAAGAAAUAAACGAACUCCAACGUGGCAACCCGCUCUCGAAGAAUUCGCCUACCAGACGGCUUCAUCCCUUCUUGGAUCCAAAGAGAAUCAUGCGAGUUGGGGGUAGGCUAAACCUUUCCCAGCUGCCCUACCAAUCAAAGCACCCUGCCCUCCUACCCAAAGGCCAUCCGUUUUCCCAGUUGAUCGUCGAAGAUUACCAUCGCCAACUGCUCCAUGGCGGCGGGCGUCUACUUCUAUCCACGAUACGCGAAAAAUACUGGCCUUUGAAUGGAAGAAAUCUCGUUAAAAGUGUCGUCCGGAAUUGCUUUCGCUGCUCACGGCACCGUCCGGUUCUUGCACAACAACAAAUCGGACAGCUGCCAGCUUCGCGGGUCAUACAAAAUCGCCCAUUUUCGAUCACGGGUGUGGACUAUGCCGGUCCUCUGUAUUUGAAGCCAAUCCAUAAGCGUGCUGCUCCCGCAAAAGCUUACCUGGCAGUCUUCGUUUGUUUCACUACUAAAGCUGUCCACUUAGAAUUAGUGGGAGACUUGUCUACUCAGGCAUUUCUUGCCGCCUUGCGGAGAUUUAUUGCCAGACGAGGAAUGCCAGCCCAUAUCCAUUCGGAUAAUGGUAAAAUUUCGAAGGAGCUAAAGGUGAACUGA